GUAGGGUACCAAAUAACGAAUGUCAGGCGUUAACGUCAAACCUUUUUUGCGCUCGCAAAGUUAUUCCCGUUCAGUUUCUUUGUCUUAAUUAUGGGCGUGCAGUGAAAAAUCGGGAGCGAGCGGAUCAAGAUUAGGGGCGGCACUCAAGUUUUUCAGCCCCUUUUGGUGAGGGUUGUAUUUAAGGAAUGCAACAAUUCCCAGUCAAAUCUUUGUGAGUUGUGGCUCGUGUCCCUUGCCAUAACAGCUGCAUAGCACCCGAGAAUAAGCUGUCUUUCAAAUGCUUAAGUACAUGUCCAGUGUGAAAGCUUUCCCAGUGGGUGUCGGAGACUGGAAACUGUCAGGAUCCCAAUUCUGCAGCUUUUACGCAUGAGCGUCUACGUGCGCGAUGAAGCCCAGGGAAGCGCGCUCCUCUCCACACGCUUGACGCUCCGGCACGGAGAGGACGCGGGCAAUUUUACGCAUGAGAACCGGAGCCUGUUUGAGGACCCGACCAUGGUGAACCACAGCGACAACCCAAACGACCCGUUCGGUCGGAACGAAGAGGUGGCCAAAAUAGAGAUCACGGUUUUAAGCGUAACCUUCCUGGUCGCUGUGAUCGGUAACGUGAGCGUCCUGUUGGCCAUGCGCAACACCAAAAAGAAGAGCUCGCGCAUGCACCUGUUUAUCAAGCACCUGAGCCUCGCGGAUCUGGUUGUAGCUUUCUUUCAGGUCCUCCCGCAGCUGUGCUGGGAGAUCACCUUUCGCUUCUACGGACCUGACUUUCUGUGUCGGAUCGUGAAGCAUCUCCAAGUCCUCGGGAUGUUCGCCUCCACCUAUAUGAUGGUGAUGAUGACUCUGGACCGCUACAUCGCCAUCUGUCACCCGCUGAAGACCCUUCAGCAGCCCACUAAGCGUGCCUACAUCAUGAUCGGGUCCACUUGGCUGUGCAGCUUGUUGCUCAGCACACCUCAGUACUUCAUCUUUUCCUUGAGCGAGAUCCAAAACGGCUCGGAUGUGUAUGACUGCUGGGGACACUUCAUCGAGCCGUGGGGCAUACGCGCCUACAUCACCUGGAUCACCGUGGGCAUCUUCCUCAUCCCUGUCAUCGUCCUUAUGAUCUGCUACGGGUUCAUUUGCCAAACUAUCUGGAUGAACAUAAAGUGCAAGACUAGGAAAGGGACGCCGCAGAACAAGAAAAAGGGGAUGAUUGGAAAGUCGUCUGUCAGUAGUGUCACUAUCAUAUCCAGAGCCAAACUGAGGACUGUAAAAAUGACAUUUGUGAUUGUUUUGGCGUAUAUCGUAUGUUGGUCACCCUUCUUUAUCGUGCAGAUGUGGUCAGUCUGGGAUGAAAACUUCUCUUGGGAUGAUUCUGAAAAUGCAGCGGUGACCCUUUCAGCCCUGUUGGCGAGUCUCAACAGCUGCUGUAACCCCUGGAUCUACAUGCUGUUUAGUGGCCACCUCCUCUAUGACUUUUUAAGCUUUUUCCCCUGCUGUAAAAGAGCCCGAAGCUCACUUCCAAAACGGGAUUCGGACAGCAGCAUUAAGAGAAACACAUUUUUGACCAAGUUAGCAGCUGCCCAGACAACCAAAGAUGACUUUGAUUCUUUUAAGGAACCGUCCAGUCAUUCUACAGGGCCGGACCAUUCCUGUAAAUCCAGUCAAUGUGUUCCCCUUGAUUUCUCGUGUAAAUCAAGUCAAUGCAUGCCUAUGGAGUCCUCAGAGGCAGGCAUGGCGGCGACAAAUAAAGAGACAUUCAAAUAAAUUUUGUUAUGUUAUAGUAUGUUUUGUCCUGCAGAGGUACUGCUCAGCGACGUUAUGUGGUCUGCUAAUAGUCUGCUUCUAUUUGAGCCUUUAUUAAGAUCAAAUCUCUGGUGCAAGAGCUUAUCUCAUAGCCUAUCGUGAAUGACAGCUAAUGCCCUAGAAUAAUGUUAUAACUUAAGAAUAAUGUGUAAUAUGUUUAUUUUACAGCACUUUUUGUUAUAUUGCACUUUUCUUUAUGGCUAAAGUCUGUGACUUCAGAUUCGCUUAUUGCUGUGCUUUAUGUGUCCUACAUGGGUGGGAAAUGAUGCUUCCUUCCUCAGGCAGAUGUGUCUUACAUCAAUGAAAUUAAGCUUUUGGAUUGUUUACAAUAUAAAGAGUGCAUUGUUUAAAAUGUUAACUCAUUUGAGCCAAAAGAUUACUAAACGUAAACUAAAUCUGAUGAAACCUCCCUUUAGGGGUACUAGAAACAUCCACAAUUGGAAAAUCUAUUAAAAGAAUUUUACGGUUGGUCUAUGACCCUAUUUAAAAAGCUAAAUGUGUGUAUAUGCAUGUGUGACUAUAAACAAAAUUUAAUAACA